CACGUGCCGAAUAACAGCUGAUCUCUGAUUCCUUUCGAACGGCGCUUCACUUGUUACUGCCAACCUGCAUGCUGGUUGGGACCAGAUGCAUGAUGCUCGACAUGCCUGCCUCAUUGCGAGCUUCGAGUCUGGAAUUAUUGAAUAUUGAAUCUUGAACCUGUCCUGGACCCUUGCAGGCAAGGUGCGGAUCCCUGUCGGUCGUGACUCUGUCGUUGCUGUGGCAACCACCCACUAUACCACUCCCACGGCUGACUCCGCUUUCGAGUUUUCAAUUACUAGUAGUAGCAGUAUAAACUAGCGUAUGCUAUCAUCUAGACUUCCGCAGGUUAGCCACGUUGUAUGUUACCCACUAGUGGCGCAGUGCCUGUGCAGCAAAGUACGGCUUUGCCUCGAUCAAGCACCCCUUGCAUACGACUAUUCCUUACGUACUCAUCUCUAUCCGCCAAGUCAUCGAGACGGCAUUCAUGCUCAUUUCAUUCCAACUGUCGCGAGGGCGCGCGAACGUCGGUUCAUCACGCUAUCUUCCGGCGUGUCCGCAAUAUCAAAUUCCAAAACCGCGCAGGACACGUAAUUCUCCUCCCGUCGAACACCGGUACAAGUGUCGAGACGCGUGCACCAGCGACCCACCGAGCGCCGUGCACCGUCUGCUGAAUCCUGAUUACCUGCCCGGCCAGGCACUGCUCGCUCGGGAAGAGUGCGCUUAUCUGCCGGCGGCUCAAAACGUGGUUUCAUUCUCGACUCCGUCCGAAGUUCGAAGCGCCUCGCCAAUCACUGAUCCCUGUCAGAAGCACUGGCACGCCCAUUGUCCUUCGGACGUACUUAAAUAAAAACCCUCGGCCGCGGCACUGGGCCCUUGCAUCCGUCUCCCUCGACCCCCUCCUCCCCCUCUUCCUGCUUCUGCCGCUGCUGUGGCUUCCUGUGCACCGGUGUCCAGCAGCGAGGACCGUCUGGGCUGCCAGUGGGCCAGGCGCCCCUUCGUCCCCUUGAUUGUGCCAUGCUUCCCUUUGCGCUCAAGCUGGUGUGGUGCAUACUGUGCCUCCUCGGCACAGUGCUGUCGUGGGCGGCCUUCAUGGCCCUUGGAUCGCUGAUGGGCACGACCUGGGCGCCGUUGUGUUUCUGCAUCGCAGUGACAAUGUAUGAAGGGAUGUUCUGCCUAGGCAUGAUAUGGCGAAUGGAUCCGUCGAGCAUGCCCAGAGCCUUCUGCAUCGCGCAAACACUCGUCAUGGAGGUGUCCAUGUUCUUCCUCGGCGGCAUCUGCAUGGCCCUGUGCAUCGCGACGAGCUUGCACAUCCUCAAGCCGAAGAAGUGGGGCAAUAUACAGACGUCGUUCAAAUGGAGAUCGAUUUAUGUGCUGCCCGUGAUCAUCUACCCACUGGCCGCGUCCGGCAUACAACUGGCCUUGGCGUUUAAGACGAAUGCGAUCCAGGCGGCAAACGACAUGUACUGCGACGCGACCAAUCCGCUCUGGGUGCGGCUGACUGGACAUGCGAUCCCCGUGGUGCUCAUCUUCCCGUCGGCGGUUCUGUCCGUCAUCUCCAUCCGCCGGGUCAUCCGCACGCUGAAGCACGUCGAGCGCGCGCGGCAGGACGACCACGAGCUUCCUCGCCAGAUGCGCCGGGAGCACCGUCACCUCGGGCUGAAAGGCUCGAGCCCAACAUCGCCGUGUCCCUCGGAGGAGAUGUUCCCGCCGUCUCCCGGGAGACAGCUAGUGCAUCCUAGAUUCCCGGUCCAAGCGAGCCACCAGCGGAUGGGCUUCCAUCUGCCGUUCUUCCGGCGCAUGAAGACGUUCUCGGGCCACCCGUCACCUCCACUGCCGUCGCCGUCACCGCGGCCUGCUGAUGCAGACACGGAUAGUGUGGCGUCCUCGAGCUUUCCGACGUUCGCGCCGAUGAUCGACCCGAAGGACAAGCUGUUUCCGACGCGGAGUCGGGACGAGGAGCAGGACCGUCUGUCGCGCGAUCUCGGACCCUGGGAAGACGACGGACACGUCUCGUCUGCGACGACGAGUGUCACGGGGCACGACCGAUCGCAGGAGGACCUGAAGACGCUCGACCAGGCGCAGGAGGACGACGGGACCUUCCACCUCAGCUAUAUCGACAGCGAGGCCACCCCGACUCGUGAGUGGCGUGCAGUCUGGCGCUGGGCGUGCUAAUGUGUGUGUGUGUGUGUGUGCGAUAGAUAUCUCGCACAUGGCUGUUGUGCCGCAAGUGACGCCGCAGAUCCACCGGCUCAUCGUCUUCCAGAUAUCCUUCCCGAUAUUCAUCAUGUUCGUGAGCCUGUCGACGAUAAUCGAUGUGGCGAAGCACCGCAGCACACCGACGCCAUUUGGCACGCAGCAUGUGGUGCUCCUCACCAAUGCGUGGGCCCCCGCCAUCGUAUUCGGUUCCUUGAAGGGUGUCCGACAAAACAUUGUAUCUUUCUGCCGGUCGCGCUGGCGAUAGCGACUGGACACUCGGACUUGUCUUCUUUCCUAUCUUGGCUAACCACCUCUCUCACUGUAUCUUAGACACACACACACACCGUAUACACCCACACACAUAUAAACAUACAUCCCGUGUAACUAGAGACCACAGCGGUCCUCUCUCUAAUUGCUCGCGCUGAAUAUACGUGUAAGCGCGUUCCGACGCGUGUCUAAUUGGCGUCACAUGUGACUGCACGCGUCGUGGCUGUCCACUUGCGCAAAGUGACUCUUUCAUCCUACUCACCACCACCCACGCGACUCGUCGAUCAUCUGCUCAUGGUCCGACCCAAUCCGAGACAGUACGGGGACAUCGUGGACGUCGAUCUCCCCGUCGGGCUGAUGUUCGCUGACCGCGCCGAUCUGUACGAGUCGGGCCUGCACGGCACCAAGGAGUCCGGCAUCUUCGGCACGAAGCACGACCAGGGCGCGUUCUCCAUCGUGCUCAACUCUGCGUAUGAGGACGAUGUUGACGAGGGGGACCGAAUGUGCGUGUGCGCUGCGCUGUGCGAAGGGGGUCUGACGAUGUCGACUUGAUAGCAUUUAUACCGGGGAAGGUAACUAACUAGUUGCUCGAUGUCUCGGGUUUGGUUGUGGGACUUGGGCUCAUUCGCCUAGGUAAAGGCAAACCGGAACCAGGGGGUCCAAAAGAAACUGCUGUACUUGAGCCAUUCUGGUUUCUUUGAUCAGCGCCGCUGAACAGUUCCCACAGCCCAAGAACAAGAACGUUCAGUUA